UUUUUUAGACUCUUUUGUGGAACAACGGAAAUCUUUGUUAAGAAAAUAUUGCUGCGUUGCUCAAGCUGCGCCUCUUUCCACAUUCCUCCUCUCCCAGGCACACGCCCUAAAACUGUGAAAAAAAACUGGCUUGAGUCAGAAGUUAAAUCACGGAAAAGAUAUGUGUAGCUGCUUAAUCUAGAGGAAGCCUUGCGAGGAGGAUCUGAAAGAAAGAAGCAGAGCAUUUGCUGAGACAGUUUAUAUAGGCUUUUGUUCUCGCUCUCAAAGAUAUGGAGUCCGCCAUUAAGACGUUGGUGACCACGUUUGUUAAAUCUUCCAGGGGGAAGGAGAACCUAGACAGCAAAUCCUUCCAGAAACUGGUGGAGAAAAACCUCAGUGGUGUCAUGGAAGAUGCAGGCAACUCCUCUGCUGUUAAGGAGAUGCAGAGGGGACUGGAUGAAAACAGCGAUGGAAAAGUCAGCUUUGAGGAAUACCUUGCCCUGAUAGGUUACGUGGCUAACUCCAUGAGUCAGCGCAAGACUGAAAGCAAUCCAGAUUCAUCGUAGAUACUCUUGAAGUUGCAGUAUUUGGAGAGGAUCUGCAUUCAGCCAUUUUUUUCUUUUUGAGCUUAUUAAAUGUCUUUUUUUUUUUUUUCAUUUCCAAACAUUCCAGCCACCAUGUAUACAUCAGAUCAUAAUAUUUUUCUCUGAGAUAGUUAACCGGCUAUACUAGAUCUUAAUGUCUGUCCAAAUGAACCUUUAUGUAGUAACACUGUCACUGAAGGAUUCUGAGCUGGUCUUUUUUUAUACCAAUCCUACAUUUUAUACCAAUGUUUUCAAAAUAAAAGCUUUAUAUUAAAA